AGAAGUAGAAGGGGUUGCUGCUAUGCAACUCUUAAAGGGAUAAGAGAAUCCCUCCCGCGAAAAGUAAGAGAACGAGAUGGGGACAACAACCACCAAUGCGCAAGUUAGCACCAGCCACUUCAACUCCAGGUUUCGCCUGAAUAGUGUGCCGCAGUUAACGCCGGGGAGAAGGUUAACGGUAAGGUGCGCAGUGUUCCCCCAUGAACAGAGGCAAAGCAGGCGAUUGGUCUCCAUCUCUCUCGUCCUCUUUCAUUGUCUAUCUAUCCCUAAAGAUGCUGUUGCCAGCCCAUUUGAUAAAUACGUGAAAAGGAAAAAGCUUGAACCUUUGGAGGCUUAUGUGCCUGCUAUUAUCUUGACAGAAAUGCAGAUUAAAGAAUUAGGUAAAACACUGGAAGCAGACCAGCCUCAGUAUGCUGCAUGCAGGAGUCUUUUACGUGCGGGCCCAGCAGCAUCACUACGUAUGAACAUUCGAGCCGUAGCACAGUAUGCAAAUGAAGUUGGCAAUGAUCAAAAGGCUUCCGAUGAUGUGGAUCAAUGUCUCAGAGCUUUGGAAGAACUUGACUCACUGUUGCUACAUGCAUCAAGAAAUGAACCAGGAGCUUCGGUUAAGUCAAUGAAGUCAAAUAUCGGCAUAGCUGUUAAUGCGUUAAACAGCCUGCUUCAAACUGUUCCGACUGAUGUACUGGAAAAGGGAAAGGCUAUAGCUGAUGCAUACAACACUCCUGAAGAAGAUUAUCCACCAGAAAAUUUAGAUCCAAAGUUGAAGCAGCUGGAGUCGAUACUGUGAUGACGUCAACUGAAUUUGGUGUGUACCGUUUGUGAUUACAGCCAUGCAGCCACCGUAUUUUUGUAAUUACGGUUGGGAUCAAUAAUAUGUUGAGGCGAAAUAGGUACAUAUGUAACUGUACUAGCACACUUAAAAAUACGUCGAUUACGUGUUUGUAAUUUCAUGAUGAUAUAUCUUCUAACAUUGUAAGUUUUAUUGAUGUUCAAUCACUUAAUUUCCAUCAUAAACUAUUGUGUGAGAAGUUCUAUUACUGAAUAUUGUUUUGAAGCACA